UUAAUGUUGUGAAAAAACUUGGUGUUUCCUUGACUCGAGCUGUUCUAUGCAGCCACCUUGGAGACUUGCGUGAAGGAGAUCCUGGCGUCCCUAUCCAGGUGGUGGAAUGGGAGCUCCAGUGUAAUAUUCUUGCAGGCAUCAUUGACGAAUAGUCAAGGUUGGGCAGAUAAUAUAGUCGAAAUGGCUUGGCUGCCAAGGCAUCUUGACCAGCCAGCCGGCCGGCCGGCCGAUUGCGAAGAAACUGAUCAACAUUCGGGUGUGCCAACCACUCCACGGGUCCAUGGGCAAGUGAAGACGAACCUGGAGUCAACUAGCAUGGAAAGCAGCGGAUCCGAAUGAGUUUUGAAUAAAGUUGCCUUGGCUUACUAGUUAGUAGCUAGAGACAGUGAAGCCCUAUAAAAACGAGAGAACCCAUGGUCAUGGGCACUCACACUCUGCUCACCCCAUCGUCUGCCGGCCGCUGACCAGUUUUGCUUCAACGCACGGCACCGCCGGUGGCGACCAAGGCAGCCGUAAGCAAGCAAGGAUGUGAAGAGAACUCUGAUGAUCUACGUGCAGUAGCCAAGGUUUCACCUAUUCGAACCGUGCCCAAGAACCUUGAGAAAAGAAACGACUCUAAAUAACUUUGGAGAUUUGGCCAGAGUAUAACACAAUGAAGGAUGCUGUGAUUGGGCAGUUUCUCCUGGUGCUCAUAGCAGCGUCCAGUGCGGCUGCACAAGCCGUCGCCACCUCCACUCACAGUAAUGAAACGGACCGCCUCUCCCUGCUUGAGUUCAAGAAGGCCAUCGUCCUCGACCCGCAGCGAGCCCUGGCGUCCUGGAACGAGAGCACCCACCUCUGUUAUUGGGAAGGCGUCUCUUGCAGGACCAGGGACCUGCGCCGCGUCGUCUCUCUUCGCCUAGUCAACCGGGGUUUAGUGGGGCACAUCUCUCCAUGGCUCGGGAACCUGACGUUCCUCAGAAAUCUAGCACUGCUGAAAAACACUUUCACGGGGGAGAUCCCUUUGUCCCUUGGCCGCCUUCGUCGCCUCCAGACCGUCCACCUUAGCAAUAACAUUCUGCAGGGCAGCAUCCCCACCAGCCUUGCAAACUGUUCCAGCCUCAAGGUCCUGUGGCUCAACAACAAUGGUCUGGAUGGCCAAAUUCCUGCGGACCUCCCUCCGAACCUCCAGCAGCUGCAGCUUUCAACUAACGACAUUGGUGGAACCAUCCCUCCUUCCAUUGCCAAUGUCUCAGCAAUGAGGAAGCUCAGCUGUGCGUUUAAUCGUAUCCAGGGCAGCAUCCCUGACGAGCUUGCACAGUUGGGCGGGCUGGAGAUUCUUUAUCUGGGUAGUAAUCUGUUGGUAGGCAUGUUUCCACCAGCCAUCCUCAAUCUUUCCAGUCUCACCGGCCUCGGGCUUAACACGAAUAUGUUAAGUGGCGAGGUACCGUCCGACAUAGGUAACUCUCUGCCUAAUCUCCAGAUACUUUCGUUAGGCCAGAACUUCUUUCAUGGGGAAAUCCCGCAUUCAUUCGUAAACGCAACCAGUCUACGUGUCUUGGACAUAUCGACGAAUAAUUUUACUGGGGUUGUGCCUAGCUCCAUUGGCAGACUCUCCAAACUUGUCAAGUUAAAUAUUGAGACGAAUAAGGUCCAAGCACGCAACAAGCAAGAAUGGGACUUUGUGAGUAGCUUAGCAAACUGCACUGAGCUACAAGGUCUCUCGUUAGCAGGUAAUCUUCUAGAAGGUCAGGUGCCAAGUUCAUUGAGUAACCUUUCCAUUCAUGUUCAGUAUCUGUUUUUGGGACAAAAUCGGUUGGCAGGGAGCUUUCCUUCCGGCAUAGCAAACUUUCCCAACCUGAUCAUUUUAGGAUUGGACUACAAUCGAUUUACAGGUGUGGUACCACACUGGCUGGGAGCAUUCAAAAAUUUGCAAAAACUGAGCUUAUCCACCAACAUGUUUACAGGCAACAUUCCUUCCUCCCUUUCCAAUUUAUCCCAAUUAAUAGAACUCCUUCUAGACACAAACCAAUUCAUUGGGCACAUACCGACAAGCUUGGGAAACCUUCAAUCGCUUGAAACACUGAGCAUUUCCAAUAAUAAUCUUCAUGGUAGGGUGCCAGAGAGGAUCUUUAGCAUUCCAACAAUAAGGGAAAUUGGAUUAUCAUCCAACAACCUUCACGGACAACUUCCUGCAGAAGUAGGCAACGCCAAGCAGCUCGUGAUUUUGUUGCUUUCAGCCAACAAGUUAUCUGGAGAUAUUCCAAGCACUGUGGGUGCUUGCAAAAGUUUGGAAGACAUUGAGUUGGACAAUAAUAUUUUCAAUGGCAACAUGCCCGCUUCAUUUGGCAACCUAUUUGGCCUAAAAGUCCUCAAUUUGUCUUACAAUAACUUAACCGGUUCAGUACCAGCGUCUCUUGGGAACCUUCAGCAUCUUGAACAAUUAGAUUUGUCGUUCAACCAUCUUGAGGGCAAGGUUCCAGUACAUGGAAUAUUCAAGAACGCAACUGCCACACAUAUUGAUGGAAAUCAGGGCCUUUGUGGUGGGGCAUCGAACUUAUACCUGCCUUCAUGUUCUGUUAUGUCUUCAAAUAUAUCUAAAUACAGGCUACCUGUAAUAUUCAAAGUAGCAAUCCCACUCGCUUGCAUGCUCUCACUGCUUGCUACGGUGAUCUUUGUGUUGCUUUGGCGGAGGAAAAAACAUAUGAGAAGUUCUAUGUCUUCGCUCUCAUUUGAUAGCAAAUUUCCUAAAGUUUCUUAUAAGGAUCUUGCUAGAGCAACUGAUGGAUUCUCUGUAUCCAAUUUGAUUGGCACGGGAAGAUACAGUUCAGUAUAUAGAGGGAAGAUACUUCAAGAAGAAAAUGUGGUUGCAGUGAAAGUAUUGUGCUUAGAGACAAGGGGAGCACAGAGGAGCUUCAUUGCAGAGUGCAAUGCUUUGCGAAAUGUGCGACACCGCAAUCUAGUCCGUAUCUUAACUGCAUGCUCUAGCAUCGAUUCUAGAGGAAAUGAUUUCAAAGCGUUAUUGUAUGAGUUCAUGCCAGGAGGGGAUUUGCAUAACUUGCUUUACUCAACGGAAGGCAAUGGCAACUCUUUAAAACAGAGCUACAUUUCACUUGCUCAAAGGUUAAACAUUGUGGUGGAUAUAGCAGAUGCAAUGGCGUACCUGCACCAUAACCACCAUGGAAGUAUUGUUCAUUGUGAUCUCAAACCCAGCAACAUUCUUUUGGAUAAUGGCAUGGUAGCUCAUGUUGGAGACUUUGGACUCGCACGGUUGCAAGUCUAUCCCAUGUCAUCAUCCUUUGAUGGCUCGACAUCGGUUUCUUCGCUUGCAAUCAGGGGAACCAUAGGAUAUGUUGCUCCAGAAUAUGGAGCAGGUGGUCAAGUUUCUACCGCUGCAGAUGUUUACAGUUUUGGGGUCGUUCUCCUUGAAAUAUUCAUACGAAAGAGCCCAACAGAUGACAUGUUCAAGGACGGAUUAAGCAUUGCAAAGUUUGCAGAGGUCAACUUCCCUGACAAGAUGUUGCAGAGUGUCGAUCCACAACUGGUACAGGAGUUGGACCUUUGCCAAGAAGCUCCAUCGGCGGAGGAUAAUGGAGUACAUUGUUUACUUUCUGUGCUGAAUGUUGGCCUUUGCUGCACCAAGUCCUCUCCAAGUGAUCGCAUCAACAUGGAGGAGGUGGCUGGCAGGCUGCAUAGAAUCAGGGAUGCAUAUAUUGGAGGCUAAGACGAAGCUGAAGAAUCAGUUCAACAAUUGCAGCUUGGACUUUUUUUUUUGGGGUGCAAAAGUAUGGUCUUGCUUAACAUUAUUUUGUAUUGAACCGGCUCACCACUCCUUGGUCUAGAAAAGAUGAGUGCUAUAGGGGAAGAAAACAAUGGUGCCAUACUUAAUGUACAACUAGAGCACCAAAUGUACUCUCUUGCCAUUCAAUCCGCUGGUGCUGGAUCUGGUUUUACCACAGCUUGGACUAGGAGCAUAUGCAAAUGUGUAAAGUCAUAAUGCGGUAUAUGAUGUAAAGGAUGAGCAGCAUGUGUGGGGAGGGCAAUGAAUCAUAGGAUUUGUAGGGCCUUGCACAUUUUCUUCUUUAUUGUGAUGAAUUCACCA